AACAAAAUUAUGGCCGAAUACAGCCACAUGCAAAACCAGCUGGAUUUACAAAAUGGUAGCUUACAGGAAGGCUUUGUGGUGAAUUCUCUUGAAAACAAUCUCCAAGGCAUAAUGGAUAGCCUAAACCAGAAGAAAUACACUUCUAGUCUAAGAUUUAAAACUAAUGGAGAGUACUCUGGUUCCUACUUAACUCUUUCGCAACCAAUGACUAAUAAAAGAAGUCCAUCUCCUAUGGGGUCUGGCAUCAGAAACACCUCCUUUGCCAAAAUUCAGGGAAGUAAGCAGUUCCUAUGUGAUGGCACUGACAAAAACAUUUCCACCAAACCUCCCACUCCUUUUCUAGGUACUUCGCCGUCCCUUAGUGGAUAUCCCCUUGGGACAGCAGACUUUGAUCACUGUGCUGGCUGGGAGGAUGAAAGGUCCUUAAAACUUGCCAGUAAGCUUCCUUAUUCCAAAUACAGCUCAAAGAAUAAGUCGCAUGACAACGUCUACUUUCUUGAGGGGCUGGACAGCCGGAAAGCAUCAGGUUCCCUCUUGACCAUGUGGAAUGGAAGCUCCGGUGGUGAUGCUGGUCUUUCACCUCUCCGGAGGUCUGGAGCAACAAGCAUGCCCUCCAGCCCAAAGCAAGCCAGGAAGAUGAACAUUCAGGACAGCCUGACUCUUCAACCCAAAAUGACAAAACACAAGGAGAUAACAGCUGAGAAUGUUGGUUUAAGAACUAGGAAAUAUUCAGGAAGCUCCCUAAGUCAAAUGGGAGCAUACAGCCGUUCGCUGCCCAGGUUGUACAAAGCUGCUGAUAACCAGCCAAUGCCACUCAGCUUGCCCCCAAGAAAUUCUCUAGGGAACUCCAAAAGAAAGAAACUUGGGGAAAAGGAUCUACCUCAAAGCAUAACCAAUGGAGACAAUUACCUUAAUUUUUCUUCUUUAAGCUCAGGGGCUUUGCCGUAUAAGAACUCUGCAUCAGACAUCCAUCCAUAUGUUAGUUCAACUCUUAGCAUUCCCUCAAGCCCCCGAGUGGCUAGGAAAAUGUUGCUGACUUCCACCUCAUCCUGUGCAUCUGAUGACUUUGACAGGAUCAUGUUCUCAGGGACAAGCCCUAAUAAUUCAUUUUCUCCUGGAGAGCUCAACAGAGUAUUUGCUGGCAGGAGGGACUUUUCUCGUAGCUCCAUGGAGUUCGAUGACACUGACUUGGAUGGCCUCAGACAGACUUCCAGUACUCCACAGCCAGUCCUUAGGGAAAGGAAAAGCAGCAUUAGCUCCAUUUCAGGAAGAGAAGAUCUGAUGGAUUAUCACCGGAGGCAGAGAGAAGAAAGACUAAAGGAACAGGAGAUGGAGCGAUUGGAGAGACAGCGCCUGGAGACCAUCCUUAGUCUUUGUGCAGAAUAUACCAAGCCUGACAGUAGCUCAGCUACUAUGACCACUGUUGCCGAUGUGCAGAAGAUUAAUAAGGAGCUUGAGAAGUUGCAGCUUUCUGAUGAGGAGUCUGUGUUUGAAGAGGCACUCUUACCUCCAGAAACAAGAUAUAGGUGCCACCGGAAGGCUUCCAUUACUGAUUCAGAGUUGUCAGGAUUCAGUAGCCUCAGUCAGAAUGCUGCCAGCUUACCUUCCUCAAGGAGUUUCAGAAAUGAUGAAUCCUUUAGUGACCAUGCCAAGACGCCACCAUUAUCUUCAUCUCUAUUACAGAAGGCUUCCAAUGAGUCUGCCUAUCUAAGUAUCGUACCAAAGACACCUGAAGAUGGAAAUGAAGAGCAGAGGAGUCAGGAGUUGGCUCACAUGGAAGAGUCCAGAAUGGUAAUACUGAACAACUUGGAGGAACUUGAACAAAAGAUUAAAGACCUCAAUGAUCAGAUGGAUGAAUCUACCAGAGAGGUGGAUAUGGAAUGUGCCCUUCUGGAUGGUGAACAGAAAGCCGAAUCCACCGAACUUGUGAAAGAAAAGGAAAUAUUGGACCAUUUAAAUAGGAAGAUAGCAGAGCUUGAAAAGAACAUUGUUGGUGAAAAAACCAAGGAGAAGGUAAAGCUUGAUGCUGAGAGGGAAAAACUAGAGAGGCUGCAGGAAAUAUACUCCGAGCAGAAGACCCAGCUUGACAAUUGCCCUGAGUCCAUGAGGGAACAGUUACAGCAGCAACUGAAGAGGGAUGCUGACCUGUUGGAUGUAGAAAGCAAACAUUUUGAAGAUCUAGAAUUUCAGCAGCUGGAGCAUGAAAGCCGGCUAGAUGAAGAGAAAGAGAAGCUGACCCAACAGCUUUUACGUGAAGUAGCUGAAUAUCAAAGGAAUAUCGUCACUAGAAAGGAGAAAAUUUCUGCAUUAAAGAAGCAAGCCAGUCAUAUUGUCCAGCAAGCUCAGAGGGAACAAGAUCACUUUGUGAAAGAGAAAAAUAAUUUAAUACUAAUGCUUCAAAGAGAAAAGGAGAACCUUUGCAAUUUGGAAAAGAAAUAUUCUAGCCUUUCUGGAGGAAAGGGGUUUCCUGUCAACCCCAAUAGUCUAAAAGAGGGCUUUAUCAGUGUAAAUGAAAUUAAUGAGCUAGGUGGCAAUUCCACGAAUCUAUCCCCUUCUACUCAGCUCCCCACUGAUGCUGAUGCUGAUGCUGAUCCCACUGAGCCUUCCACAGCUGUGCUGGUGAGCCAGCUACAAAAUCAAGAGCACUUUAGAAAUUUGGAAGAGAGAAAGAAACAACAUAAGGAAGGCCUCUAUCUCAGUGAUACUUUACCUCGGAAGAAAACUGCACCUUCGGUCUCGCCACAUUUCAGCAGUGCUACUAUGGGAAGAAGCAUCACCCCCAAGGGUCACCUGCCUCUAGGACAGAGCAACAGCUGCGGCAGUGUCCUCCCUCACUCCCUGGCAAUGAUGUCCAAAGAUACAGAAUCAAGGAGAAUGCACAAAGGGUAUAAUCAUCAACAGAUGAAUGAAGGACAAAGGCAGAAAUCUUCUGAUUUUUACAACCGAACUGCAUCUGAGUCAAAUGUCUAUUUGAAUAGUUUCCAAUACCCAGAUCAUAGCUAUAAGGAUCAUGCCUUUGAUACUUUGAGCAUGGAUAGCUCUGACAGCAUGGAAACCAGCCUCUCUGCUUGCUCUCCUGACAAUAUCUCCAGUGCCAGCACAUCAAAUAUUGCCAGAAUAGAAGAAAUGGAGAGGUUGCUGAAACAGGCUCAUGCUGAAAAGACACGUUUGCUUGAAUCUAGGGAACGUGAAAUGGAGGCCAAAAAACGAGCUCUAGAAGAAGAAAAACGGCGUCGAGAAUUGUUAGAGAAAAGAUUACAAGAAGAAACUAGCCAAAGACAAAAGCUAAUUGAAAAAGAAGUGAAAAUACGAGAGAAACAAAGAGCACAGGCUCGGCCCUUGACCCGUUAUCUGCCUGUUAGAAAGGAAGACUUUGAUCUGCGGAGUCACGUAGAGACUGCUGGUCACAAUAUAGAAACCUGUUACCAUGUGUCCAUCACAGAGAAGACUUGCCGAGGAUUUCUCAUCAAGAUGGGUGGAAAAAUUAAAACCUGGAAGAAAAGGUGGUUUGUUUUUGACCGAAACAAACGAACCUUCUCCUAUUAUGCAGAUAAACAUGAAGCUAAAUUAAAAGGAGUGAUAUAUUUUCAAGCUAUUGAAGAAGUCUAUUAUGAUCACCUCAAGAAUGCAUAUAAGAGUCCUAAUCCAUUACUCACCUUUAGUGUCAAGACACAUGAUCGGAUCUAUUACAUGGUUGCUCCAUCUCCAGAGGCCAUGAGGAUCUGGAUGGAUGUUAUUGUUACUGGGGCAGAAGGUUAUACUCAUUUCAUGUUGUAAUGAAAGAAUGCGGCAGUUCAUGAGAGGGCAGAUUGCAAUAACCUUAUAUCAGAAUCAAGCCAUACUCAAUCUCAUUUGGAAAAACUCCAAGCAAGAAGGAUAACAUUCACACACAAUGCUUUAUAAACACACGUUUGGAACUCCCUUUAUGUAUCAACAAAAGUGUUUUGAAUUUUUUUUUUACACAAGAAGACAAUGAAGCUCUAAUUUGUAGUUUGAUGGAGCAAUGGCAAAAGGACUGAAGUUGCUGCAAGAAAGAAAACAUUUUGUUUUGGGAAUGACGGCAGCAUGAGCAGCAUUUAUAAGGCAAUUUUCUUAAAAACUUUUAAAUGAGUGGUCUUAGUGAAAAAUUAAGCCAUUUACAAGUGUUUGUGUGUACUCUGAAAUUAUUUUAGCACCUGAACCAAAAGAUAUCACUACAUAUAUUGCUAAUUUGUAGCAUUUGACAUAUUAGUAACCAACUGGCUCUUUAAAAAAUAAUUUCCUAUAGCAUAUUCAUAAAUUAAUACUACAGAAAAGGAGGGACGGGAGGGAAAGAUGGGAGACAAAAAGAAUUUAAAGAGAGAUUAAAUCCACAGUAGUUGAAUAUUGCACCAAAGCCAAAGACUUAAUGUUGAUAUGCCUUCUACUUCACAGCAAUUCCUAGUGAUGACCCAUAUUUUGGUUCUUUGUAAUAAGACAAAAAGAACCUCUAACUUUUUAAUAACACUAAAAUGCCGUAGGAUGUCUUAUAAGCUGGUUUCAAAAUAUUACCUUUAGCACAAACUAGGGCUGUAAAUGGGCUAUAGCUAAAGGUUGCCCUAACCCUAAUUAGUUACAUUUCUAUGUACCCCAUAACUAUUUCUGAGACCCAUUAAAAUCAAUUCCUGCCCCAAAUUUCUAUUAGUAACUAUUGUAUUUACUAAGCAUAUUGCUUUUUUAAAAAAUGUUUCAAGAGAAACCAUGUUAGAGAAUUCUUACGCAAUCUUAAAUGAAGAGAAUAUUCAAUAGAAUCAACUUUUUUUCCUCUGAAAACUUUCCCUAAUCCCUGCGCUGAAAUCACUAGUAAUUAAAAACAACUGCUCACACUUACAUAGCACUUUACAGCUUUCCUUAAUACAAGUAUUAUCAUACUCAUUUUACAAAUGAAGAGCCUGAGACGAAGAGGUUUUCACUUUACUUAGGGUCAUAGGCUAGGAAGCUGAAGAGCCAGAAUUUGUUGUAGAUCUUUCUGUCUCCAAAUCCAGUACUAUUUCCACUGUUUACGGCUAACGCCCUCUCAGGCAAUCCAAAGCAUUUUUUUUUCCUUUUCCUUAUGUGCUUCUGCUUUAUUCUGGAACCCAACACUCAAUUGCAGCCUUCCCUAAACAAUGUAUAAAGUCAGUUUGUUGAGGUUUUAAUCACAAACUAGGCUAAGAUUAAGAUCAAAAAUGGUCAUUAGCUGGAAGCACAGGUGUCUGUUUAAAAAAGGCAAAUGAAGUUCAACUCCAAAAGGAUUUGAGGAAGGAAAUCUUUCUUUUAAAUUAGCCAUUGCAUUUUUUAUGGUGUUACAGUCCAUUUUUGUUGAAUAAAACUUUGACUUCAGGCAAGUCAUUUAUGAUAUUUUCCAAAUGUCUGUCCGUCCUGAUAAUCUGGGUGUAUUUGUGCAUUUGUAUGUAUGUUUAUGCAUUCUGUUAUUUAGUGGAAAUGUGGUAAAUGAGUAGCACUAGAAAAUGAUGACUUUACCUACAAGUACAAUAUGGAAUUAGUAUAAUUAAAGUUUCUCUUCUCAAAA